UCUUUGCAACUUGAAAAAUUUCACAUUUUACUUGAAAGUCACAAAAAUCGACCCUUAGGAUUUAUUUAUUGAUUGAUUGAUUGUCAUUUUUGGGCCUGGUUGCUGCCCCUAGUUUUUCGAAAGGUUUCCCUGUAAUCCUGGUGUUAAAAGUUGGUGUUUAAUCAAUUUAUAAUUUGUCACAAUGGACAAAAUUCAAGUGCUGGGAAAAUACAUGCUUUUUAAAUUAAUUAAUUAAUUUAUUUAUUUUUUGGGGGGGGUGCCUUUUCCAGGUCCAGUUCCGAUGCCCCUGGUUUGCCUGGAAAGUUUCCUGGCACUCAGACCUGAAAGUUUGCUUUAGAAAUUUGAAGUCACCUUUGGUUAUAUACCCCUUAAUCACAAUGUCUCGAAGGGCUUAUUAGGCCCACAUUUCAUACUCAAAACAUCUCCUACUCAAGAGGACCCCCUCUGGGCAAGCACAAACUCAGAAAAGCCAUUUUUGGGUAAAGCAGGAAACCUCAACAGGACCAGGCUACAAUGGAUAGAGAGAGUGCUAAACACCAUGAGCCCAUUUAACGAAAUGAAAUGCCACAAGUAGAAACUUCUGAAGAAGUGUUCCUCAGGUCUUGUCCGAGUCAGUUGAGUUAGAAUUCCCCAGUGCCACAGCUUCAUUUUGCUCAUCACCACCUAUCCAACUCCUUGAGGAGAGGGGCGAAAUUACAGGAAAACAGCCCCAAAAAAUUGUGACAUCCCCUAGCUGUUGAAAUUAACUCAACCUCCACCCCUGGGUGAAUAACCCCCCCGCCCCCUAAUUUCCAGGUCUAGCCCCUCUUGUUUGUCUGUGAAGAGAUUCAUGUCACUGCAGGACUUUUUUUUUCCAACUAUUUGGAAAAAGUUAAGAUAUUGUGACAGCUUUCGAAAUAUCAUCAAAAAAACCCAGCAACCAUUAAAAAUGAUGUUUUACCAUUUCCAGCUCUGACCAGUCAAGGAUUAUCUUUGUGUUCCGAAGCCAAGGCAAAGAUGCUGAAAGACGGGAAGCUGUUGAACAGAAUACAAAGUGCACUAUAUAUGAAUAUCAUGUCAUCAAAAGGAAAAGGCAGACAUACAAGUAGGCAUAUUCAUCAAGUGCGUCAUCAUGUGCCCACAUAGACAGAAGGGACCAGGACAUCUGCUGCGUGAUGCACCGCCAGCUUGCCUCCAGGCCCUGAAGGGCUCACGCUGUGGAUCACUGCCAUUUUGCUGUAACACCUCUGUCUGAUGUACUAUUAUAUACUCAAAACAGCAUGUAAACAAUUUUCUCAAACUUUUUUCCUCAGGGUGCCAGGUGAGCUGGACCCUAUUCCAGCUGACUUUGGGCGACAGGUCACCAGCCAAUUACAAAGCGCAAUUGCGUUCAUGCUCACAUUCACACCUAUUGAGCGUUUGGAGUCCUCAAUGAACCUAACAUGCUGCUUCAUAGCUAUCAUAAAAUAUUCAAAUGUAUUUUCUUUCUAGCAGGUUCCUGUUCAGAUUUUGUUAGACAUAAAAUAUAAUGUGACAUUUAAAAAAUAAUCUUAACUAAAACUGUUGAACUGGUUAGAAAAUCUUUUUUUUUUUUUUAAAUAAUCCUUUUUCAUGAACAUUCUUAUCAAGCUGUAUCUCACUACAAUUGCAAUAAGCUUGUUGAUAUAGUGGGGCUAGUAUUUAUCCAGAAACGUAUAAAUAAAUGUUUUAUUAUUGUAUUAGUCAUAAAAAUAUGUAAAAUAUAAAGUAAAUAUAUAUAUAUAUAGUAAAUAGUAUGUCAUAAUAUAUUUUCGUUGUAUUUCCAAUAAUUCCACAACUUUUGAGGUAUGUGGGAAUUGUUUGGUUUUUUGACAGAAAUAUUAAACUCAUAAAAACAUGUAUUAAGAUAAUGUUCAAAUACUGCUCAUAUUAGUACAUAGUGUGAAAAUGUGCCUUUUCAAGCAGUUCCCCACAAUUUUGGUGUUAAAAAGACAAACAUGUACUGUACAUUUGAUUGCCAUCAAUGGUUGACACUGGAUUUUAGUGUCAAAUAUACCUAUUAAAUUAUUGACACGUUUUGUAACCUGAGUCUGUUAAUUCUAAAUAAGAAUUUAGCGGAACUAUAGUAAGCAUUGAAAUGACAGAAAACAUUAUUUUCAAAAGCAGUUUCCCCCCCCCACUCCCCACCUCAUGUUCUGAAAUGAUCUCAAAUGUUAAUGUUUUACUGUCAAUGCAAACAUUUAAUUUUUUUGGAAGCCACAUUGUUGCAGUGCUGCAUGGUGAUGAUGCAUGACGUCACGAGCAUCCAGCAGCAUCUUCCUCCUCCUCUUCCUCCUUGAGCCGCUACCACCCCCAGCGCCUGUGACCCUCUCGCCUCCGCAGUCCACAAGACCCUCCGCACCGGCCACCAACAUGCGCUCCUGCUCGGGCUUGCUCGCGGUGCUCCUGGCGGCGCUCGCGGCCGCCGCGUCCUCCCCGGAGGCCUUCGACAACCAGCUGGGGGACAUCGGCUACUGCAAGAAGCAAUGCCAGCUCGCCGUCAAAAACAAAGGCCCUGCUAAAGAGUCCGUAAUGAACGCCUGCCACCGCGGCUGUCGUCUCUACUCCAUCUGCCAGUUUGUCAACGGCAACGCUGGCUUCAACACCAGCAAGGACGAGUGUCAGGGAGCUUGCCAGGAGGCUUAUGUCAAACUUGUGGAGCAGGAGGCGUGCAGCACCGGCUGCGCCAGCCAGCCCUCGGAACCCGAAAUCAAGAGGAGGAAGCUCAAGGCCAUGACCCUCCGCCCCAAGGUGCCUUCCAUCAUGGAGGCCGUGUCCAGUUGGUGCAACGACAUCGUCAGCUCUGCCCAGAGCUUCAUCUCCUCCACCUGGACCUUCUACCUGCAGGCCGACGAUGGCAAGGUUGUCGUUUUUCAGAGCCAACCUGAGCUGGAGUUCUCUCUCCCCGAGCUGCAGGCUCCUCGCUCCAACAUGGCCGACAGCCCCUGGCCGCAGGUGCACUCGCACACGCAGAAGCCUCAUGGUGUGAGGGGGCGUGGCGAGAAAGCGGGAGCCAAAGCGGGAAGCAGAGGCAAACAUCAGGUCCAGCGCACCGACGACUCCGCCGCCUCGGCCGAGCACGACUUCCUGGGCUGCAUGUCCAGGCGUUCGGGUCUUCCCCGAUGGAUUUUGGCGGCGUGCCUCUUCCUGUCCAUCAUGGUCAUGCUGUGGCUCAGCUGCGCCAGCCUGGUCACCGCACCCGAGCAGCACAUCAAGGCGCAGCUGAGCAUCAACGGUGACAACGCGUUCCUGGACGACAAUCAGGUGAAGGGGAAUCCGUACCACCUGAGCCCGCUGCUGGCCGUCAGCGUCAAGUUGCCGGCGGCCGAGGACAGCCAGGAGGCCGGGCCUCUGCCGGUCAAGGUGGACCUCGACAAGACGCGCGUCUAGAAACUUUUGGGAUUCCUUUCACUCAGUCACUUGAUUUUUUUUUUGUUUUUUUUUUUUAAGGAGCACGUCACUCUCCAAAUCAUUUUACACCGUUAAUACUCCCUGUGGAUGUUAAUUUGAUUGCACGCCCUGUCUGAGCGCUAGCAUCUCUUUUCUAAAUUGAUUUCAUAUCAUUUCGAAAUUGAUGUCACGUUGACUUUGACACCGAAUCACAGUCAUGAGCAAUCAAGUAGAGAGAAACAAAGCCAGGUGCAGAACUCACCUUUGUACUCAUGGAGCGCGACCUCGUAAUGUGUCGUUGAGAUGAACAGGAAGUAUUGUAUUUCUUCUGAAUGAUUGAAAUGCCAUGCAAAGUCAUUGAGCUGCUUGUAAUAUACAGUACAUUGUAACCUAGACAUAGAGUAUUAUUUACCAAGGAUUAUCAGAGCCGCACUGAAAAUAAAACACAUAUACUAAGAGAAACUCAUAAAGUUGUAUUUUUCAAGAAGGAGCUCAGUAUUAUAAUUUUUUAAGUAAAGGAAUAGCUUUUUUUAAAUCGAGGGGGGGGGGAAAAAUCACAUACAAAAAAUUUACUUUUUCUUGAAAAAAAAAAGAAGUAACGUUCUCCCACAAAGUAUGUUUUUUUUUUUUCAUAAAUUAAUUGAACUUUUUUGGAAGCGGAGUUUUCCCCCUCAGUUUUUGGGGGAGAAAAGUCUGAUUUCUUUUCAGCAAUUUUUUUGUUUUGAAAUUAAAACAUUUUUGCAGGAAAAAUUCCUACUACUUCAAGACUGACAUAUUUUUCUUGAAAGAAAAUGCAUACUAUUAAGAAAAAAAGAUGACUUUAUCCUUUUAAUUUUACAUGUUUUUACUAAUUGAACUUUUUGUAUAACAAAACAAAACAAAUCCAACCUUUUCUCUAAAAGUAAGACGACAAAAAAAAGACUUUUUUUUUUUAAGAAAAAUCUGACAAUUCGCAUAUUAGAUAUUCUAUCUAAUAAAAAGUCGAAGUUCUUGUAUCUUUGUUUUUUUUCUCAUAAAAUAUUUUUUUCAGUAGGUGUUUGACCUUGAAAAAUUUACGUUUUCAAAAAAAAAAAAAAAAGAAAAUAGACUCAUUUUCCAAACAGUGAGACUUUUUUCACCCAAGAUAGAAAAAGUCCUAAUUUUUCCAGAAUGCUAAAGCUUAAUUUUGUUAAAAAUCUGACUUCUUGUUUUUUCUGACUUUAUUCACACAAUUUUAAGUUUUAUCUUUAAAAAUAAAAAAAAACUUCAUUUGUGUAACCUUACAACUUUUUCCCUUUAAAAAAACAACAACACAUAUUUCGUCAGAUUUCUUUCUAAAAUAAAAAUAAAAAAAACCCCAGACUUUAUCCUCUUAAUAUUCAGGAUUUUACCUAAAUAAAUGUAAUCAGUUCUUAUAAAAUUACGAUAAAAAACAUCAUGGUAAAAUAAAAAUAAAAGUCAAACAAUAUGACUUUCUUCGUGAGAAAAACCAAAAAAUGUUUUUCUCUCUCCAACAAAAUCUGAUUAUUCAGCCAAAAUGACAAUCUUUCGAUCUCGAAAAAACCACCUUUUGAUUCUUGUCCAAUUACAACUUUAUUCUCAGAACCUUGCAACUUUUUUUUCCUCUCAUAGUAUAGUUAUUUGUUCUUGUCAGUGUGGCCCUAAUAGCCCUUGGCAAUUCUUGUGUAUUUAGGAUGACAAUGAGCUGUUUGAAGUACCGUAUACUGUACGUGCCACGUGCUUUCUAAGUCAACAGCCGACUAUUUUGUAUGUCCCCUGAGCACACAAGUGUGCUACAUCCAAACAGACAUCUUUUGUCAUGGGGCCCAGUCGGACAGAGCUCGAGACUUUCCGUUCUUUGUGCUUUUUGCUGUCCUGUAAGCGCUCUUGGAAUCCCCCAAAUAAAGCGUGCAUGCCGAGUCAAGCUUUGAUAGUUGAAUCCUGAUCGCCCGACGCUCCCCGAAGGCCCGGCUCGCCUCCGCUGUAGAUUUGUCACCUUUUUUUGUGUGUGCUCCUCUUUACUGUAAACAUGAUUAGAACAUGUAUUAUAACAAGAAUAAUAAUGAUAAUAGUAAGGAAUGCCGAUAUCAUCAGAAGGACUUUUCAACAGCAACAACAAAAGCCAUUUAAUCUAACGUGAGCAUAUAUCAAAAACAAAAAAUAUGAUGUGAAUUUACAACUGUUGUGUUGUUUCCUUUUUACUGCUCAGCUCAUUUUCAAUGAAACAAUAAUUGCAACAUAAUGAAUAAAGUGUUUUCAUGGACAAAAACAAA